GGACUCGGGUGGGUAGAGAGGGUCUCGGGUUUGCAAGGCAGGAUAAAAUAGAGGGUGGUGGGAGAGGUUGAUGGCGUGGCUCUGCUUUUGAAGCGGGGCACCCAGCUGUCAUCGCUGCUGGCGCAGCUUCUGAAGUGGCCACUGUGCUCCCUCCUCCCUCCGGCUCAAGGUGAGCUGCUCCAGCAGAAGGCGGGGCUGAGAGGCGCCGAGUGCUGCGGGAGGCUCAGUGUCAUCUUCCAGCUAACAGGUGCCCGUGCAGCCCAGGGCUCGUCUCUCCACUGUGUCCUCUUCACGCCGAGCUCCGUGGCGAUGGUGGACGUGCUGGGCGGGCGACGCCUGGUGACCCGGGAGGGCACGGUGGUGGAGGCCGAGGCGGCGCUGCAGAACAAGGUGGUAGCUUUGUACUUUGCGGCGGGCCGGUGCUCGCCCAGCCGCGACUUCACGCCGCUGCUCUGCGACUUCUACACGGAGCUGGUGAGCGAGGCGCGGCGGCCCGCGCCCUUCGAGGUGGUUUUCGUGUCGGCGGAUGGCAGCGCGGAGGAGAUGUUGGACUUCAUGCGCGAGCUGCACGGCUCCUGGCUGGCAUUGCCCUUCCACGACCCCUACCGGCAUGAACUGAAGAAGAGGUACGAAAUCACCGCCAUCCCGAAGCUGGUGGUCAUCAGGCAGAACGGAGCUGUCAUCACCAACAAAGGGCGGAAGCAGAUCCGAGAGCGCGGGCUAGCUUGCUUUCAGAACUGGGUGGAAGCAGCCGAUGUUUUCCAAAACUUCUCAGGGUGACCAGGGCAGUUGCUGGAAGUUCAGGGCAACUAUCUUCAAAGAGGGCUUAGCUGGUUCCCUUCUCUGCUAGAGGAAUGUCAUUGUAGAGUCACCAUGCUGUGACAGAAAGCAUAAACUGCCCAGGAAAGAACUCCGUCUGCCCCCUGUGGGUCCUAGAGCUCCGUUGGGAGUGAAUGUUUAUUUCUUACAGCUUUCUCCACCGGUGCCUAGGAUCCAGGAGACAUCAGCCACGAGCUAACAGAGCUCUAUGCAAGAUGCUCUUUCCUACAGGAAAUUUCUUUGGUAAAUUGACCUAUGAGGUGAUGCAUUUUCUGAUGACAUUUUUGUGAUGCUUUGGUAAAACGUAUUUAUUACUCAGGUUUGUAGACUGUGUAAUUUAAUAAACCAACACUCACACUU